AGACACAAGACUUGUCAGUGAAGUCAGGGGGUGGGGGUCUGGAGUGGGGGAAAAAAAACAAGACAAUCAAUAAGACAAGGUACAAUCCUGGCCAUUUCUCAGUGUCGCUUUAUUUUUGGGAUCAUCUCACUGGUUUUAGCUAAAACUGCAGAAUUCCUUUGCAAUUUGAGACGCCCCCAUGAAAUCCACAGCACGGGACAGACCCGGGACAGCAGGGGUGCUGGAGCUUCAUGUCUUCCAUGUACCAGAAGAAUUAUGGAACGCCAAGUUAAACACUGUUUCUAUUCGUGCCAUUGGUAAAUUUAUUUCUGCUGGAUUUAUCAGGGUAUUUCCUGAUCUGAGUUUGCAAGCAUUAAGGCAAGAACUUGGAGAUUUUCUUGGAGAUGUUUCUGUUAAUGACAAAUUUGUCUAUUUAAAAUGUGUUGGAAGAGGUUUGGCAGUGGUGAAAGCAAAACAAGAAUUAGAGCUCAAAGUAAAGUCAUUUGCCCCUCCUUACGCUCCCCAGCCAGAACUCUACCUGCUGAUCGGUGUGGAUGAGGAUACUCGGAUUGAGUCUACCCACACAUUGACACCCGAUUCUACCCAUACACUCACACCUGAUCGUCAGCGCUUUGCUGGGGAAUAUUUUGGGCCACAUCAAAGGCUGGGAAAAGCAAACCCAGAAGAAAAUGAGACUUCAAGGAAAUGUAAACCUAAGAGUUUCUCACAAAAUGUACACAAUACCAGGAGUCCAGAUUUCAGUAGCAUCUACGUGCCACACGAAGGACUGAGAAGUACAAAUCCUGACGAAAACGAUGUCUCAAGGGAUUUUAAAAAUAAUAAUUUUUCACAGGAGGUGCACAACAGUAGCCGUGUGGAUUUAAACAACCCUUUCACCUGGGAGGAGAAAGAACCAUAUAAGAAUGAACCACGCAGUACACCAAUUAAAAAUAAAAUACAUGAGAAUAAAAUAGCAGAAAGCAGUGAACUACAAGAGGAUCACAGGCUGCCAGGAAAAAAAGAAACUGCACCAAUGGCAGAUGUAAAAUCGGUUGUAAAUUCAGUUUCAAAGGAAAACAGGAUUCAGAGUAACAGCACGUGGGAUUCUGGGGUACCAGAAUCGCUGGACGAUAGGGAUCUGGACUACUUAGAAAAUGAAAGAAAGAAAAGCCAGAGACUAAAUCUGGAACAAGAAACCAGUAAUGUUGGAAAAAUAGUCGGCCAGAUGCAAGGGGAUGACACAGAAGUACAAUAUGCACCAGUUAGAAAAAUAUAUUCCAUGCCUUCUCUACCGCAUCAACUAGUUCUCACUACACAAAGUCAGCAAAUCCAAUCAUUUCCAACAGAUGACCAGCUUAUUGCACAAAUAAAAGCAAUGAGGCAAGAGAGAAAACAUCUGGAAAAAUCAAGGGGAGAACUGGUGAAGAGAGCAAGAGGACUAUUAUCACAAAACCAAUUGAGAAGAAACCAAGCUCGUGACAGCUGGAAAAAGAAAUACUUUGAAUGUAAGAAGGCGACUGCUCCAUUAGAGGAAAUGUCCAACACCUUGCGUCACGAGUUGGAGACACAUUACCUGAAGCUCCUACGGCAGCUGGAGGCCAGGGAUGCAAGGAAACAACCCAGAAAUGUAACAAAUGCAAGCUCUUCCAAGAAUAAGUUCAUUAUUCAAAUUGCAACACUCAAGCAUGAAAUUGAUCAGCUUUAUAGAAAAGUGGAAAAUGCCAAAAUGAAGCUAAUGACUGAAAUAAAGUUGAGAAAUCAGGCAGCCACAGAACUCCGAGCACUCAGAGCAGAACUGGUACAGAAAAAGGCCCAGUCAUCCCAAACAAGACUGCAUGGUGGUUCAGUCCCUCAAAGCCUGAAUCGUUUAGCCAUUAAAUAAUACAUCUAUACACAUUCAAUGGAU